AUGUUGUCUUCCUCCCAGCCAGUUACAACGGACACUCUGCCCUCAAAUGUCCCCAAGCUCGACCCGCGUGGGGCGAAUUGGGCGAUAUUCUCUAUCCGCUUCCAGACCGGUGUCCAGGCCAAGUCAAAGCUAUGGCCGCAUUUUAGCGGUGCCGCUCAACGGCCCUAUCCCGCUUCUGUAGCCGCCGCCCCUGCUUCUGCACCCCUCACGGCCGAACAGACUGCCGAACUGGAGAAGUGGGAGGAGAGAGAGUCUUUGGCCAAGAACCUUCUGCUGGGCCGCUUGCCCGACUCCACCGUACUCAAGGUCAGAAACCUCCCGACCACAGCUGCCAUGUGGGCAAAGGUUGUCCAGGAGUACACGCAGAAG